GGUUGUGUGGAUCAUCCAAUCGUUCUGACAGAAGCUGUAUGCAAUCCUCUCUAUUCGAGACAAAUGAUGUCAGAGCUCCUCUUUGAAUGUUACCAAGUGCCAAAAGUGUCCUAUGGCAUAGAUAGCUUGUACAGUUUCUACCACAACAGAAGGCAGAACUGGCCCUGCAGUGGUUUGGUGAUAUCUUCAGGUUAUCAGUGCACGCACAUUUUGCCGGUCUUGGAAGGCAGACUGGAUGCUAAAAACUGCAAACGUAUUAAUCUGGGGGGGUGUCAAGCAGCUGUGUACCUCCAACGCCUCCUUCAGCUGAAAUACCCGGGGCAUUUUGCUGCCAUCACUCUCAGUCGCAUGGAGGAAAUACUGCACGAGCAUAGCUAUGUUGCAGAGGACUAUAUAGAAGAGCUACAGAAGUGGCAGUCCCCAGAGUACUACGAGAACAACAUGCACAAGAUGCAGCUGCCUUUCUCUAACAAACUGCUGGGGAGCACUCUGACAUCGGAGGAAAAGCAGGAGAGGCGGCAGCAGCAGUUACGUAGACUUCAAGAACUCAAUGCACGUCGUCGAGAAGAGAAGCUACAACUUGACCAAGAGAGGCUGGACAGGUUACUGUACGUACAGGAACUUUUAGAAGAUGGUCAAAUGGAUCAAUUCCACAAAGCUUUGGUGGAGCUGAACAUGGACUCUGCGGAAGAACUUCAGUCUUACAUCAACAAAUUGAGUCUGUCUGUUGAACAAACCAAGCAGAAAAUCCUACAGGCAGAAGUCAAUAUUGAAGUAGAUGUUGUGGACAGCAAGCCAGAGACUCCCGAUUUGGAUCCAUUAGGCAGUGAGCAGUCACUGGAGGAUGUGGAAAGUAUUAAUGAGUUUGAACCUUUAUUUGCUGAGGAACAGCCUGAAGUUGAGAAGCCUGUUGCUGCAGUGCAGCCCGUGUUUAACCUGGCAGAAUACCACCAGCUUUUCCUUGGCACUGAAAGAAUCAGGGCUCCAGAGAUUGUUUUCCAGCCUUCCCUGAUAGGAGAAGACCAGGCUGGUAUAGCAGAAACCAUGCAAUAUGUCCUUGAGAGGUAUCCAAAGGAACAACAAGCUAUUCUUGUCCAGAAUGUUUUUCUCACUGGUGGAAAUACAAUGUACCCUGGACUGAAAGCCAGAGUCCAGAAGGAACUCCUUGAAAUGAGACCAUUCCAGUCAUCUUUUCAGGUUUACCUUGCUUCCAGUCCUGUUUUAGAUGCCUGGUAUGGGGCUAGGGAUUGGGCAGUGGAAUAUAUGACCCGUGAUGAAGGCUGGAUAACCAGAAAAGACUAUGAAGAAAAAGGGGGAGAAUACCUCAAGGAACACUGUGCUUCAAAUGUCUAUGUGCCCAUUCGCCUUCCAAAGCAGGCCCCACGGACAACAGAGACAUUAGCACCUAGCAGAGUGCUGACAUCCAGCACAGGCAAUCCCUGUGAGCAGGCCUAGCACCAUGCCUUGGUCACAGACCCUUGAAUGGAGAUAACACCACGGGGAAAAGGAGUUACUGGUGUACAGCAUGAGCUGGGCACGGAGCACAGGCC